UUAUAAUCAAAGUAUAAAACAUCACCAAAAAAAAUUAUCAAAAGAAAUUUCACACAAUACCUAAAUCACCCAAUAAAGAAACCGUUGCAGGGAAACCAUGAAGGUGAUCGUGCCCGUCCAUGCCGACAUGGAUUUCGAUUUCAACAGCGCAAGAGCUUCUCCGUGCAACACCGCCCCUUCCACACCCAAGCCCGUCGGCGGCGGUUACUAUCUCAGCGCUCCCGCCAGCCCCUCUCACCUUUCUGGCUUCUACCGCGAUUUCCACGACUUCCGGCUCCGUGAUGACGGAGGACCUGUCGACGCCGCCGGGAAAUAUUCCGUCCCCGAAACGUCCAACUCUGUAUCCGGCGCGCCCAAGUCGGACGAUUUCUCGUUUGACGUCGAGGUCGUCCGUGAAAGGGCGGCAAGCUCUGUAUCCGCGGCGGAGGAGCUUUUCGAGCGCGGAAUGAUUAAGCCGCUGAAUCCGCCGCCGCCGUCCGUGACUCGGUCCUCCUCAUCUUCUUCGAAAGGGGCGAUGGUCAAGAAGUGGAGACUGAGAGACUUGUUCCUGUUCCGGAGCGCGUCGGAAGGCAGGGCGUCGGAGAAAGACCCGCUGAAGAAAUACACGGCCGCCGUCGGAGCCAGUUUCCGGGGAGAGAACAGGGAAGGGUCGAGGCGGAGGAGGAGCGGCGGAGUGUCGGCUCACGAGAUGCAUUACACCAUGAACAGGGCAGUUUCGGAGGAUAUGAAGAAGAGGACUUUCUUGCCGUACAAAGAGGGCAUUUUGGGAAGGCUCGCCGUCAAUCCCGCCGUCCAUGCCCUGGCCAACGGCUUCGGAAUUUCGCGCAAACAAUAAAAAUAAAGAAUUGCACAUAUACCCCUUUCUUUUUAAAAUUAAUUUCAUACUUUUACAUUAGAAAUGUUUGCACUAAAUAGUACUAAAAUUU